AUGCUCAAUAUUGUGAGCAUUAUUCAGAUUCGUUCGGCAUUCAUAUGUAUUGGAACGGUGCGGUGUGCAGUGAUUCGGCCGACGGUAGUUUCAACGGAUUAUAUCACAAUCAAUGUGAAGGAGUCGAUCAACUUUGAGCGACUCUCCUUGCAGAUUGCUUUCAAGCACAUUUCGAGGGCAAUUGUGAGCUUUACUUCUGUUAAUUGUGUUUCGUUCGAAGGUCAUGAGCGUGGCCUAGCGUUGCAUGUGAAUCGUUAUUGUGCAAAACGGAUCCGUGAUUCGCUCUUGCUGGAGCACAAUUCGAAUACAGCCGAGACAUGCAACGCGAUGUAUUUCGAUCCUGAAAGUCAACAUCGUUGCGAAAAAUAUAUCGUAAUUGAUAUAAAGGCAUGUGGACGAGAAGAUUUGCGGAAACUUGACCUCAGAUUAAGCAAUGUGCAAAAGCGAAAAGCUGAUGGAUCGUUGAUGCCAAAAAAUGCCAAUAUCCCAAAUGAACCCUUUUUGCAGGUGAUGAAUGCAGAGGAUUACGAGAAGCUGUUGAAAGAUCUGGACGUUCAGCUGAUAACAUCACAGCAUCGUGCAUCGCAUCAUCGUGGCAAUCACAAUUUAUCAAUGCGACAUCAACCUUCGAAUAGCGCCACAUCAACUCUACCGCCACCCACCACAACAACGAUGCUUUACACAUCAUCGCAUAGCGACAAUUCAAAUUUUCAUACGCCUGGAAAUAAGAACUAUGCUGGAGGUCGUGGUAGCGGUCGGUUGUGCUUUUGUUUGAAAUCAGCCGAAGUCUCAGUACUGGAAAGCAAGCUUGCGCUGGUUGAGAAACUCAGGCUGCCAACAUCACCUCCUCUCAUAACCGUACCAAUCAAGAAACAGUCGUCCUCCGCGUUGAGAUCACCCCAAACAAAUCCUCAAUCAGGCCUAUCCUCAUACACCGUCAUUGCGGCGCCAGUUAUGCCCUGCGCAAUGAGAUUCGGUCAAAUAGAUGCACGACAAAUCAGCAUAGUAGAAACGAGCUCUCCACGAUCUCAUCAAAUGCAACAGCAAAACUAUUAUCAGCAUUACGGUGUUAGUAAUAAUGAUGGUAACGGUAAUAUUUAUAACAUUGACAACAAUCAAAACCACCAUCCAACGGUAAUGUCACUGCAAGUGCCGUCAACAUCAGCAGCAAACACCACUAUGAUACCGAUUGUUUUGAAAGAUGGCACGAGAAUGUUGACACGACAAGCUGCGCAACGUAAAGUGAUUCAUAUGAUCGACGAAGACGAUGGAGUUGAUGCGUUGCAGAAGAAAGAUGUGGAUUUAUCGCAAGGGAAUCUGUUAGUGUAUCCGGUUGGUGAAAAGGAUGCAGUACCGAUACAUUUCGCAGAUGUGGAAUGCCUGAAGCCAGAACAGAUGCUGAACGAUGUCAUCAUUGACUUCUUCCUCAAACAUAUUCACUACGAAUCUAUUCCAUUAGAAAGACGUUCCUCAGUGUUCGUGUUCAAUUCAUUCUUCUAUGGUAAGUUAUCGAACUGCAAUGGCGGCAUCCCUCCGCACAGUGCUGUGGCACGAUCAAAAUGGAUAAUGUCCAAUUACAAGUCGGUUCGAAAUUGGACCAAGAAUGUGGAUUUAUUCAGCAAGGAAUACAUUGUUGUACCAAUCAACGAAGACAUUCACUGGUAUUUGGCUAUAAUCGUGCAUCCGUCAGCUGCCAUCGAAGUUCCAAAUGCGAUCGAGGCGAAUGAUGAAAGCCAAAAGAAACGACGACGGAAAACAUAUAUCAUAUUUAUCAAAAUAAGCGACUCGUAUUAUGAACAUGAUAACUAUUUUUAUGAUUACUGCUUGGAUUUUGUUUGCAGAAAGUUGACGGCAGCAGUUUUGCGCGAGUAUUUGGAGUGUGAAUACAACGAUAAACGUAAGCAGAAGGCGGUUGAUGGAGAGCGUUUCGCGAAGGAACUCGUCGAGAAGAUAACACCACGUGAAUUACCGCAACAACGCAAUUAUACCGACUGUGGUCUAUUUUUGCUCAAAUACGCUGAGUGCUUCCUCGUGAAUCCACCUCAAUUAAUCACUCAAUCGGACUCCUUCUUGAGGUGGUAUCCGCGUUUCACUAUCAAAAAUAUGCGUUCGGCGAUUCUCGACAAAGUGAAAUCGNGGCAGAGAGUGUGA